AUGAAAGAAGAGAACAUCAAACGGGAAGAACAGCAAAUCGAAGGAGAAUUGAAACAAACACAGGAAAUUAUAAAUCUUGAAGAAGAUGUGGAAAAAAGAUUUAAGGAUAUUCUUUCGAUUGCUUCUGAGUGUAUUCAACCGGAGGAGCUAAAGGCCAGACUCCUUUUGAAAAGAAAAUUGAUUUGCUAUGAUGGCUUUGAACCAUCUGGCCGCAUGCACAUAGCACAGGGACUUCUAAAGAGCCACAUCGUGAAUACCUUGACCAAGAACGGUUGCACGUUCAUCUUCUGGAUUGCAGAUUGGUUCGCACAGCUGAACAACAAAGUGUCAGGAGAUUUAAAGAAAAUAAAGAAGGUAGGAAAAUAUUUUAUCGAAGUGUGGAAAAGUUGUGGCAUGGAUAUGGAGAAUGUUCAUUUUUUAUGGGCAAGCGAUGAAAUUAAUAAAAAACCAGAUGAAUAUUGGUCACGAGUAAUUGACAUAUCAAAAAGUUUUAAUAUCAAUAGAAUAAAAAGAUGUUUAAAAAUAAUGGGAAGAACAGAAGGAGAAGAAAAUUAUUGCUCCCAAGUUUUAUAUCCUUGCAUGCAAUGUGCAGAUAUAUUUUUUUUGAACGUAGAUAUAUGCCAAUUAGGGACUGAUCAAAGAAAGGUAAAUAUGCUGGCAAGAGAAUAUUGUGAUAUUAAAAAAAUUAAAAAAAAACCAAUUAUUCUUUCCCAUCAAAUGCUGCCAGGAUUACUUGAGGGACAAGAGAAGAUGUCCAAAUCUGAUGAAAAUUCAGCUAUAUUUAUGGAUGAUUUAGAACCAGAUGUAAAUAGAAAAAUUAAAAAGGCAUAUUGUCCUCCAUGUGUUAUAGAGAAUAAUCCCAUUUUUGCUUAUGCCAAGAGUAUUAUAUUUCCUAGAUACAACCAAUUUGUUCUUCAACGCAGGGACAAGGACGGGGGAAAUAAAAUUUACACCACAAUUUCAGAACUGGAGGAAGAUUACAUUAAUGGCUCAGUGCAUCCCUUAGACCUGAAGGACAACGUUUCAAAGUAUCUAAACAAAAUGUUACAACCUGUGCGAGAUCAUUUUCAGAACAAUGCUGAAGCCAAGAGCUUGCUUAAUGAAAUAAAGAAGUAUAAGGUGACCAAGUGA